AUGUCCCCGUUUAGAUCUGGUGAUGAAAACUACCCUCCUAUUGACCAGAUAGGACGGCUGGUAGGACUCUCGUAUCCUCCAGUGGGCGGGUACGAUACGGACGAUGCCGGGAAAGAUUUUAUCAACGUGCACUUUGAUUUUUAUCCUGAAGAUUGGACGGAGGUGACUUCGAAUAGCGAGCAGCUUGCGUCCUUGAGGAACGCUGUGAUUAAAUUGAAAACGGACCAGUGGACCCACGAAGUCAAGGAGCGUAACAUGCAGAAGAAACUGGAUGCAAAUGCUUUAAAUUUAUUAAUCCAAAGUUUGAACCACUAUGGCUUGCUGGAGGAAAUGAAGAAGGCGGCUAGCCGAUACGGACGCGACACCUACUAUAAAAUACCGCCCUCUUUGCCGCUGACUUUGUUGGGCAACAGUCUGCAGAAAGAGACGGCGAUAAACAAAAGAUUGGACACACGGGACGCCAAAUGGAGAAGUAAACACAAGGGAGACUUAGACCAACAAGCUGUCGAAUACGAUAGCAGUUGGCUAGACAAUGUACCAGACGACCUCCUAGCGCCAAUCAUGAUUCACACAGGUCGUGUGCAGUGGCAUAAACACGAUGACAAUACCCCCAUGGCCUAG